AUGAAUAACGCAAACAUCUAUUCUCCACUGUACAGCUCAUAUGAAAACAUUAACAUAUACAAACAGAACAAGCACCUGGGACAUGAAGAUUUCGACACUUCUACGGCCAACAUAUCGUGCGAUUCUAGGGGAAGAAUACUGAUAAAAGAUAUCGAAAAUGAUAAUACAAACAUUCGAGCAAAGAAUAGCGGAAUGGCCAAUGCGACACAUGGUAUGAAAAGUACGAACAAACAUGAAAAGCGACAAGUCAUUCCUGCUGUCCAUAUGAGGGCGAAAUCUCAAUUUCCUUUCACAAAUAACCAAUAUGGAAAAAAUUCAAUUAAUGAUAAUAGCAUACCAACGAAGAAAUAUUUGCAUCCUAUUUCCGGGCUGCGAUAUGGAAGCGUUUUCAGGUCCAAGGACAGCAACAACAUGAACGGUAUCCACAAUGGUUACCUAAAAGAGGGCAUCUUGAACAACAAGAUCAAUUAUAGUGGCGGCAAUUACUCCGCCAACUACCCUGCAAACUACAUCACCAUUCCGCAUGCACAGCGUGCAUCCUCUCCGAACGGACUGCAUAACAUGCCCAACUAUGGCCCCCAAAGUAUAGCGAACAACUUUUCCUCCUACCAAAUGCACGACACAAAAGAAGAUAAAAAUAUAUUUAAUCAGUUUAACAAAAAUAUAUACGAGCACUAUAGCAGGAUAGUUCUAGAUCAGUACAACAGACAAGUGCAAAAUCAUCGUAACGGAAUGUACCCACAUGGAAAAUUUUCAUCAUAUGAUAAGAACUCUUACCCAGCUGGCCAUAGCCAUCACCAUAAUCAUGCCUCGUUUUCAAACGCACGUGAAGCAAUUAACUUUUACAGCAAUAAUAAUAGUAAGCUGAAAAGCUAUGUGCUGUAUGGUAAUAAAGACUUACAAAAUGGCAGUGACAUACAUAACGGUUCAUUCAUUUUAGGUAGAGGCACACAGAAGAACGCCACCCUACAUAUGUUAAAUCCGACACAGAACAUAAAAGAUGGGUCAAGAAAAAAUAUUUUUAAAAUUUUUAACAGAAAAAAAGAACCCAAUAAGAAUUUAACUCCUUCCGUUAAUUCCUAUGACCAUCUGCCAAAUAUCCAAAUAGGACAAAGAAGAAGUUUAUCAUCCAUAAACAGAACAAACUUAAGUUCUACUUCCUUCAGAAGAAAAGUAAACAACCCUGAAACGUCAAGUUGGAAAAGGGAACCAAAUAGUAAUAACACCUUGAAACAAAUUUACAAUUUUAUUUUUCCAUCCAGUGCUAAUAAAUCACAAAAUAGUUUUGAUACCAAAAGUGAAGUGAAUAAAUUUGCCACCUCUCCAAGGGAUUCCUCACUUAAUGAACCCUAUCCUAGAUGUAGUAAUGCUUAUCUGAUGCAUAAUAACUCUGAUCAAAAUAGAGUAUUUAAUAAUGUAGGAUAUAACGUAUCAAGUGUACAUAACGAUAAUAUCAUUCACGAUUUUAGCAAAUGGAACUACAAUACUAACAGUGCCAAUGCCAUUCCGAACAGCAAUUUUGCUUCUGCCAAAAAUCCAGAUCAUUUGAAGUACAACUCUCCUGCAUUUAUCCCAGGAGCCGGGAACGAACUAAUGUCGCUACGACGAAAUGAUGAAUUUGCUAAAAUAUAUUCUGCGCAUACUGGAGGAGGGCCCAAUGGAAACCCUCGAAUCAGUGUCGUUUCGCAAAAGAAUCCCCAUCAGGACGACCGGCACAGGUACCACGAAAAGAUGGUCACCAAUAUAUAUCAGUUCACGGGUGGUGUCGCGCACAAAGAGGGUAAUCAUAAAAUUGGGGAAGAUCCAAAGGGGGCUCCAAAAAGUUGCACAAAUAACCGCACUCGUAAUUGCACUGAUAAUGAUCCACAAGGAAAAGCCCAUGGAAAGGCAACGUUACCAGAAGGCGAGCCCAUUCAGGCCCCCCAUGGCGGGCAGGUUCUCCAUUUUGACAUAUCCAAGGACAGUGCACAAAGCGGAGAUCCCACAAAUGUGGCCGUCGGCAGUAAGCAACAUCAGUGGGAAAAAAAUACUGCAGUCGAAUUAGCCAAAAAUAAAAACGCAAUAAAUGAACAGAACCAACUUAGUUCAACGAAGGUUAUCCAAGCGCACAGUCACUCCAACAUGGCAAUUGUAAAAAACAAACCCCCCAAAGGCGAAUCGAUAAUGGGAACUGAUAAUAAUGUGGCGUACGGCGCCAGUGAUAUGACCGAAAAAGUAAACCAUGUGUUCAACGAACAGAUGAAUAAUGUAUACAGAAAAUCUAUGGCAACGGAUAAUAACUCUAUACAAAUUGUGAGUGACCAUGAAACAAAUAGCACCAAGCAGAAUAUAUACAACUACAGCACAGUCAUACAAAACAACUUCAUUAACAGCUCAGAAAAAAUGUCCAAAAUUUUAGUAGGAAUAAAAAAUGAAAAUGGAACGCAAAACAAAAAUGAUGUUAACCUAAAGUUUGUGAAUGUGAACAAGUACAUAAAUAACAUAUUCAAAACGAGCAACAAUAAUUAUCACUACACAGAUAAUAAAGAAGGUGUAAUUAUUGGCCAGAACGCACAGGGCAACAACAGUUCCAAAAUCAAUCCUUUCGACCAAAUGGACAUUAAACAGAAUACUAAAUUGGGGAUGUCAAACCAGGAUGCUUUAAAAACCUACCAAUAUUUCAACCCUAGUGAUGACCACCUAACGAACAACGUACAUCGCUUACGGGAACUUGAAAAAAAACAUGGAGUUAUAAUUAACCCUAACUUAUGCGCAAAUGAUGACAUCAGCGGUAUUAACGAGAACGCGAAAAAUUUAGCGAGGCAAUGCAUUUUGAAUAAAUUUCUCUAUGAGCAGAAAACACAGCAAAGCGGAGUGAAUGGUAGAAAGAAUAGCAUUACCAACACCAUGAACCAUUUUAUGCACAAGAAUGAAAAAGGAUUCGAAUCUCCUCCAUUGCCAAAUGAUAAACAAAACCCAAUUGUUAAACUGCUAAACAGAGGUAACCGAGAAGGGCCAAAUGUUGAGUGUAAGAUAAAUCUAAUUGAUGGAAACGCACACAUCGUUAGUAUGAUGAAAAAAUUGCACAAUGUAAGAAGCGAAAAUGAGUUGCCACAUAAUGCUAUAGAUAACCUGGGGCAUAUAAAGCUUGCCCACCUUUCCAGCUUAACCAAAAAUGAAAUGAAUAAAUUUGCCGUGGGUAAUAACAAUGAUAAUCAUAAUCAGUACAUACAAUCCAUCGACGCCAUGGAUGACAAUGCAAAUGCACAUGUAAAUGUUAAAACGAACUAUCACGACAUCGCUUCCACGAAGAGGCAUGCCAAGCAGGAAGAACAUCACAAGGAAGGAACCGAACAUGUUGCCUCCCAAUAUGCAGAUGCACAUAACAUAUCACUUAAAAAGGAAAAAAAAAAAAAAUCAGGAAAAAAAAAAAAAAGUCCAAAAAAUGUGCAUUACGAUAUUGAUCAAAUAUUGCAAAUAAAGUCCAAGGUCUAUGAAGAAUUAAACACAUGCCUAAAAUGCAUUAACAGUUUAACCAAAAAUAAAAAAUUAUUUGAACAGUUAAAAAAGUAUAAAAAUAAGCUCGAUAAGAAAGCCCGAAUGGAGGAAGGCACCUCUGAGCGAAGUCGCUCGUACCAAGGCGAAUCCUACUAUACGAUGAAAAAUUCCUACCUCUCAUCCUUCCUCUGCAAUGAGAACACAAGCGCUGACGCGCAGGGGGUUCAAAGUGCACCCGAUGUUCCUAGUGGAGUCUGCAUAACCAGUGAUGACUAUGUGGACAGCGCAAAGCAACCACCCAAACUGCAACCAGACAACGGCAUUUCAAACGACACGAGAAAAAACGCCAAAGUUACCGUUCCCCCCAGUGGCGAGAAGAGCGAACUGAUAAAAAAGAUGAACCAAACCAUUUUUCCUGCCGUUCCCCUCGGAGUUGACAACAGUAAAAAUUUAACAAUGAAUAAAGCUUGCCCGAAUCAGUUCCAAGAUAAACAAAUACGAGCAAAUGAUCUUGGAAAGAAAAAAGAUAAUGUGCAUUUUAAUUUGUGCGAUAAAAACGUAUUCGAAAAGGAAAAACAAAAAAAAUAUUCCUGCAUCAAGAGUGAAGAAAGCAGAUAUUCCCUGUACGAGGAAGAAACCCCCAACGUAGGCAAGAGGAAGGCUCUCCUCGUUACCCUAAAUUAUAAUGGCCUUCUGGAAGGAUGUGUACAUGACACCUUGGAAAUGUGCGAACAUUUAGUAGAAACUUUCAAAUUCAAUGAAUUGAUACUCUUAAAUGAUUGCAACAUUUGCUAUCGAAACUUCGUUGCACAAAAGGCUAACAAAAAUAACAUCAUGAAUAACCUCUACGAAUUUAUUGUCAAUUCAAAUAAUGGAGACAUUUUAUUUUUUUAUUUCUGUGGAUAUUCCAUUAAAAUAAUUGAUUCAAAAUUUCCACAGUACAAUAACUUUGCGUUAUUGCCAGAGGAUUACUCGAAAAAUAAUUAUAUCUAUUCAAAUGAAGUAUUUAAUAUAAUUAAAAAAUUACAAGGAGGGAAGCAACUGUGCAUAGUUUUUGACACCACCUAUACCUCCUAUUUUGUCCCUACCUGCACCACCAUCACGUAUAAUAAGAGUAUUAACUCCAGUGAAAUUUCAAAAAAUACUUAUUUAGUAAACACGAAUAAGAAGCACGUCUAUUCGCUCAGAACCUUUGGCAGGAUGAGAGAUCGACAUGUUGAUCCAAUUUACGUUGAAAAUUUGAAGAUGCCCCUGUCCCACGAUUUGUAUAAACAGGAGGAGGAGAAGAUGCAAAAUGCAAAGGAUGUUCUUGUCCCCUCCAUCUUUUUCUUCUCCCCUGAUGUGAGAGACCGAGGAGACUUUGAGUUCGUCAUCAGUAAUAGGGUCAGAGGCCUCUUAACCUACUGCAUCGGAAAUGCAAUUUGCUUGUUGAAGAAAGAUUUCUCCUACCACGACCUAUUCAUCGCUGCGUCCCAAGUUCUAGUCAACAUCAAGAAGGAGUACAAAUUCAAAUACGUAAAGUUUAAGUUGUCCUUCCUAAAUGACCACUCCCCGGAUGAUAUAAAAUUCUUAUCACACGAAAGUCUGCUCCUUAGGAAAAAAGGAAAACCGGAAGAAGAGCCCCUCUGGAAACCCUCCUUACGAUUAAACAACCUUAAUGAAUACAUGAAGGACAUUUGCAAAAUGAAGGAGAAAAAAAGUCAGGUCAGUUUUUCCCAAAAGUGCUUGCUGAUCUUCAUAAAGGAUAUAAAAUUCUGCGCUCACGUCAAGCUGGAUCCCUCCAUUGAGUACUUCGUCAGCUGCUUUGUCAAAACCAAGGGUAUGAACAUUCUGUACGUCAGGAGAAACAACUCCAAGUGCCAGAAAAUCGUCAGGGACAAAAUUUUCUUCCUGGAAUAUAUUAUCCUGAAUGUGUCCGACCUGGUAACCUUGCAGGAAAAUUAG